CCCCUGCCGUCGGCGGCGUGGUACGGCUCGGGGGCGGCGCGCUCGGCCCGGAGCCGCUCGGGGGGGGCCGUGCCGGGCCGUGCCGGGCCGGGCUCCGGCGGGGCCAUGAGCGCGGCGGGCGGCCGGGACGCCUGCUGGAGAUAUCUGGACAUGGCCAGGGAGGCCAAGCCGAGCCGGGCCAGGCUGGGCCAGAAGAGGCAGCACAGCAGCAGCCUGUACCACAGUAACUGUGACCUGGACUACGAUCUCUACAGGGACGACUUCCCGUACCGGGUGUACGAGUACCAGAAGAUCCCACCCCUCAUUAACCGCAUCCCCGUCAAGGCCAGGAGAACUCACGCAGGAGCAGGAGGCAAAAGCAGCCCGAGCCCCCAGCCCGGGGCACGGAGCAGCAGCAGCAGCUCCACGGGGACACGGACAAAACUGCGAGCCGAGGAGCUGCACUCCAUCAAGGGGGAGCUGAGCCAGAUCAAGGCGCAGGUGGACAGCCUGCUGGAGAGCCUGGAGCGCAUGGACCAGCGGAGAGAGCGGCUCUCGGGGUGCAAGGAGAGCGAGAAGAAGAGGGCGGAGGCGGGCGCAGCGUCACCGUCCCCAGUGGGAGAGGGCUCCCGGGGCAAGGAGGGGACAGGAGGGGACGGGCACCUGCGUGCCAUCGACAGCGCGGAGGAGAGCACGGACACAGAGGAGACGAUGAAAACGCACAUCUCGGACCCCGAGGGGAGCCACUAGAUGGACUGGGCAUGCUGGAGCCUUCCCGGCGUGCCAGCAGCUCCUGUCUUGUGCCCGUCUUUCUUUCGAGGCUUCCAGCUCGUGCCACGCUGGUGCCAGGUGCCCGCUCCCGGCACUCGCAUCCCCUGCCAUGGUGCCAGCAGCCCCGUGUCCCACCCUGGCCAGCCACGGUGAGAGAAGUCUGUGUUUGAGUGCGCUUUGGGUUUGUUUUUUUUGUUUUUGUUUUUUGUUCCUCCUGUUUUCCACCUGGGGAUAAGUACACGGGGAGGGCAGAAGGGCCACAUCCCGAAGGAGCAGCAGCCUGGAGCAGAAAUCCACGGUGUCCUCCCUCCUUGGAUAAAGUGCCCCGUGCACACCGGUCACAUCCCAAACCCUUGCCCCCAGCUGGUGGUGCUGGAGGUGACCGCCCUAAAGCGGAGCCAGAGGGGCUCUCAGCAAAGGACAAAUCCCCAGCCCCAUGCCACCAGCACCAUGGCACAGGGCCCGGGGGCUCCCAGUUGCCCGUGGAUUUUCCUCACCGGUUCCCUCACGUCUCCCACCCUGCUCCUGGGGGCAGGACGGAGCCUCUGCCCCGGGAAUUCACACCCCCAGCCCCACUCCCCCCGUCCCGCAGAGCCGUGCCACGUGUCCGUGUCCCUCGUUUCUAGGUCGUCCUUCUUGCUGGUAGGAAGUUGUUCUGUAUCUCUAAUUUGCUCUGGUAAAAGAGUGUCUUGUGUUGGAAAGGAAAAAUAAUAAAAUUUGUAUUUCUUUUCUCUGGUUA